CCCCUAUAGGCUAUUGUGCCAUUUCUACUCUGUCUAACCUAGAAAGAAGGCGAUCUUCCUUGAAGUUCCUUCUAGUAUAUGCUCUGGUCACGGGAGACUAACUUCUGUCUAAGCCGACCGUCGCAAUAUAGCUCGUACCCCGACGUAUAAAGAAAACCCAACAGGAUUUAGGUGUGGUCCUCGGUCAACAACGCCCCGCUGAAUCAUGUCGCUCCAUCAGCAUGAGAUCACGGAGUCCCAUCCCAAACCCCUGCAAGCCCUCUUAGGGGGGAUUGGCAUUGCACUGUCUGUUCAUUCUCUUCUAGUGCUUAAUGGAUCUGUCCUUGGUGUUUCUGGCUUUAUUCACCGCUCCUUUCGAGGAGACAAAGCAGCGAUGGCUUCCGUCGUGGGUCUGAUUCUAGGUGGUGUCACUAUCGGCAUCGCCAGUAAUGUGGAUACCCCAGAGCCCCAGACUACCGUGUCUUCGCAUCUCCGAAUGGUGUUUUCUGGGUUGCUCGUCGGGAUCGGGACGAAGCUGGCCAAUGGAUGCACCUCAGGCCAUAUGAUUUGUGGCUUAUCCCGACUUUCUCUUCGGUAUGCUCUGAACUCGUCUUCUCAGUGUGUGUGGAUUCAACACAUUCAAAGUUCCCUUGUGGCAACAGCCACGUUCUUUGCAAGCGCCGUAGCUACAGCCCACUUCGUUCACGGAAACGGUGAUCUUGGAACUUCUGGGUCUUUGGAUUGGGCCCUCGAUAAACAGGGACGACAGUUUCUGGGCGCAACUCUUUCCCUUGGGAUUCUUUGGUUUGCGUACACGUGCUCGGCUCUCAAGAAUGGCACCAGCAACAGUUCAACACUCUCUAUUUUUCGCUAUAUGGCAAGCUUCUUGACAUCGUUGGCUUUCGCGUUCUCCAUCCGCCUGGGCAAUAUGGUCGAUCCACACAGGGUUCUAGCAUUCUUGGUGUUACCGUUGUCCUCGGCAUUCGACCCAACCAUGGUGUUCAUCGCAGGAAGCGCUCUUCCUCUGGCUGCCCUGCUCUAUCGGUAUGCGUGUGUAGAGCAACCUAGGUUCGGUGGCAAAUGGAACAUCCCGGCCUCCACCAAAAUCGACUGGAGGCUCAUACUUGGUUCAGUAAUAUUUGGGAUAGGUUGGGGGAUCGGUGGUAUCUGUCCUGGUCCUGGUUUAGUCAACUUCGGACGCUCUCUGUAUGCUGGUGUUGGUUUCACGGAGUAUGCAGCUUGGCUUUUAUCCAUGGGCUUCGGUGGCUUGCUUGUAAAGUAAUGGGAAAUGGUGCUGAAAGUUAUAGUAAUCAAGGACUAGUAGAAUUUUGUCUUACAUCACAGCUCGGCCACAGCGCGUCGCCUCAGGACGAAUAAUGCAUAUCAUACACUCCAACUACAAUAGUGUAAACAAUAACAAAUCAGGACGAAUUAGCGUAUGCAUAAGAUCGCCCCAAACGGAAUGAGACAGAUGUUUAUGCCAUCUGAUGGACACAUUCCCUCCUGCAAGACAGGCUUACGCAGAUGCAGGGACUGCUGAUGGUCCCGCGGUAGGUGUUGAAGACUUGGGAGAACCCUUACUUCUUCCCCACUUCACAUAAACUCGUUCCCCAUCCAUGUCCAGGCCAUUCGCCCAAGCUUCUGCUGCCCUCUCAGCAGAAUCACGAUCUCGGAAGUUGACGAACGCGCAUCUGA